UCCAUCGUCCACAUGAUCAAUGAAAAGGGCUAACGACGAGUAUGACCUGUUGUCAGGGUGUACUUACUUAACCUAGGUCCCUGAUCCUACCUUUGGAACGGAGUUUCCAGGGGCAUGUGUUUUAUGAGCUGUCCACAAAUUUGUUCCGCUUCAAAGAGUUGAAGUUAAUGACGUUAAAAAGGAUAUGUUUACUCAGAGCAAUAUGUUCUAUACACCUUCUUAAUGGGAUGUAGAUCAAGGCUGUCCAAUUGGAAAGUUCAUCUGCUAAUUGCUAUAAAACACAUAGGAGACCAGCGACAAUUGCAGAGAGCAACAAAUCACCUCGUCUAUCAGAGAGCGCGAGUGGGGGAAUAAGACAGUUGUAUUGUGAGACUAAUCAACUCAAUAACCAAUUCAAUGAACAACAUUAUGGGACUCGGAGGAGUGGCUAGAGUUAUCUAUAACAUUUAUAGUCAGUGAAGUGUCAAAACACUUAAAGAAAACAAUAGGAAAGUACAAUGAAGAACUUGACACUAUUGGAUGUGAAAGGAAGUCUGAUACAAGAAACGUUUAAGUGUACUUCAGAUGGAAAUUUUACUGCAGGAAAUCUCACCUGUGUUAAGGAGAACUCACAUGGACGGCAUAACGAACCACAAUUCUGGGAAGUACAACGAAUCUUAGUGAUAGUUCUGUUCCUGAGUAUACUGAUUGGAAAUAGCAUAGUCCUCGUAGCAGUAGCCAUCUCCAAGCGGAAAUCGCGUAUGAAUUUCUUCAUUAAGCAGCUGGCGUUUGCAGAUUUGCUGGUAGGCGUCUUCAGUGUUCUCCCCGAUCUCAUACAGAGGUUCACAAUUCACUGGUACGCCGGAGAGGUGAUGUGCAAAAUUGUUAGAUUUGGAAUGGGGACGGUCACCUACGGCUCGACAUUUGUCCUCGUGGCAUUAAGUAUCGAUCGUCUUGAUGCCAUUGCCAGACCCCUUGGGUUUAGUGACAGUUGGAGAAGGCCGCGACUGAUGAUAGCCGUAAGCUGGAUUCUAGCUUGCCUCUGUUCCAUUCCAUUCCCAAUUUUAUUCAAAUCGGACCACUGUUAUAUAAACUUGACUCCAAAUGAAUGGAAGAUCUAUUUAACUGUGAUUUCGUGCGUCGUCUUCUUUAUUCCUGCAAUCAUUAUCGGCAUCUGUUAUAGCGCCAUGAUAUACAUCAUCUGGUUACAUACUCGAGGCGUGCCAAAAUCCGGAGGAGAUAAAAAAGUUCAUGAGUCGGAUAAACCUCUUAAUGCCAAAUCAGGAUUUCAGAUCGAAAAAAAGCCUAUCACAUAUAAAGACAGCAAACUCAUGAGGGGGAGAGAGACGCGGAUGAGUUCGAGGGGCAUCAUCCCUCAGGCCAAGAUUCGCACCAUAAAAAUGACAUUCAUCAUUAUAUUUGUGUUCAUUUUAUGUUGGAGUCCCUAUUUCAUUUUUAACCUGCUAACCGUCUACCAAGUGACUUCCGUUAUUGAAUCCACAGGGGCAUUGCAUUCUUUCAUCCAAAGCCUGGCUCCAUUGAAUUCGGCUGCAAACCCUGUCAUAUACGGUGUAUUCAGUACAAGAAUUUGCAGACAACUAAGGCGAUUCCGAAUAAUAAGGUGUGUUCUCAUGAGGUUAGGGUGCUGCGUUGCUGAUGAUGUCGAUCCACGUCGUCGCCUGUAUACCGAUCCUCCGACAACCAGCUUCACCCAGUGCACGUACAUCUCUCGUCACAGGGGCCCCCGACAGGAAAUCUCCAACGACACGGCGCUCAGCAGCGCGGAGGAAGGCAAGGAUCUGUGUGAUUUGGUGCUGAGUACAGCCCCCUCACAAAAUCAGAUGACGGCAAUGACAAAAAUCCGCUGAUAAAUUCAAAGUUAAUUCGAAAAUGACGUAACAUUUCUACAAAGAGGACGGGAUAUUGUGGUACAUGUAGUCAGCGCGUAUGAUAGUAGGCAAUAGUUGAAGUUUUGCACAACUCUAAAAUACUCUAAAGUCGUGUUUAAGUUCCAUGUGUAUUGGUUUUUAAUACAAGUCAAGAUAUUGGGUUUUGAUUUCAUUUGAUGACUUUUACUGGUCGUAUUAAUUCAAAAUUAAUUAAUUUCUUAAUUUUUAUUUCAUCUCAUAAUCACAACACUGUUUUAUGAAACAAGUGGAAAAACGGCGACCUCUGAAAAUUUUCUUUCCAUAUCAUGCGAGUUUUGUUUUUAAAAAUUAAUCAGGGAGUCCAUGUGAUACUAGAAUGCUUCGAGAAACAAACAUGAUCUUCAAGUACUUGCAUUAUGUUAUGUUCAAAAUGAGUUAUGUGAAGAAUAAUUUUAUCAAGGUUGUGUUCAUGUAGUACAAUUGUUAUGAAGUGUUGGUAGAUGAGCUCCAAUUCAUAAAAAAAAACAUGAUAUUGUUUUUUUUUUGU